GUCGUCUCGUCACCGGAGAUUUUAAAUCGGAAAAUGAUCGGCGGUUGUAGGGUUUAUUGGGGGAAGAAGUCGGAUAAAGAGAUUGAAGAUGCUGCGGCGGUUGACGGUUGUGGAUCUAACGGUGUUGUUGUGAUCUUUGUUUGGAGUUCGAUUAACGAGAAUCAGCUUAUGAAUUUCGUUGAUCUUUAUUCUUCUCUUGGUUGGAAUUCUCUUGUUUGUCGCGCUGAUUUCCUCACUGCGUUUUAUCCUGAAAUGGCUCUUUCUUUAGCAUUCCACCUUCUUUCUGAACUUGUUGAGGAGCUAAAGACUAGACCAUGUCCUGUUAUCUUUCUAGCUUUCUCUGGUGCUCCUAAAGCUUGUAUGUAUAAAGUAUUACAGGUGAUCAUGGGUGAUUGUGAAGCUCAAAUUCAUCCGGAUGAUAGCCAGUUGGUUAGAAACUGUCUUUCUGGACAUGUCUAUGACUCUGGCCCGUUGGAUUUUACGAGUGAUUUGAAUGUGAAAUUCGCACUACAUCCCACCAUACGACGAAUGUCUGGGCCUUCAAGACUAGUAUCUUGGGUGGCCAAAGGGAUUUCUUCGGGGCUGGACGGUUUAUAUCUUACAAGAUUUGAAUCCCAACGCAGUGAGUACUGGCAGGCCCUCUACUCUUCGGUUGAAAUUGGGGCUCCAUAUCUCAUCUUGUGCUCGGAGAAUGACGAACUUGCUCCUUUACAAGUAAUUUCAAGCUUCACCCAUCAAUUGCAGGAACUGGGAGGAGAAGUUAAAGUUGUCAAGUGGAAAAAUUCUCCUCAUGCAGGACACUACACACAUAACCCUAUACAAUACCGGGCUGUUAUCUCCAACUUUCUAGAGAAAGCAAUGUCAGUUCACUUACAGAAAAUCCGGCAGCUCGGAGAAAGAGCUCACACACAUGAUGAGAUCUCUGAGUUAAUAUGCGACCUUCAGAAAGUUGCUGUUAACUCUAACCAAAGCCUAAGAAGAGUAGCCACUGGGCCAAGUGACCACUUUUUCUUACCCAGCUCAGCGCCGUAUCAAAGCAACAGCAGCAGCAACGACCCAUCAUCUUCACAAGAAGAACAGAGAGAAAGAUCUCCCUUCCGCCCACUCCAACCAACAAGUAUAAACGCUCAUAGCGUUCUCGGGCAAUUCCUAUUCGACUCAUGUGUUCCAAAGAACAUCGAAGGAUGGGAUAUCAGAUUCGCGGGUUCUCUCAACGGUCAACCGUAUGCCACGUCCUCCUCCCGUAAGAACUCAAAUCUUGGUUUUAAGAAACGCGUUUUCCGUUCAAGACUAUGAAUGAAAUCGCAGAAACUGAGCCAGGUGCGCGUAAUGUGAACCAUAUGGGGAAAUAGUAGAGAGAUGUUUAGAAAAGAAGAGGAUGUAUAGGAUGCGGAAGAUGUAAAUAGAGUGACGAUUACUACAACCUAACAUACAUGAGGGAUCUUCGAAUGUUGUGUGUACAAGUCUCAAAAAUAAGUCUGUAUAGAUAGACAUAUCUGUUACUUGUUUACACGAAAAUGUGUUAAUAAAACACUGUAAUAUGU